AAUAGAUAUUCACAUGAACACUUAACUGGCGGCAUUGAAAGAGGUUGUCCACCGUCAACAAGGUUUCAGGCAAGAUGUUUUGUACGGAGUAAUUAGAAAGAGUACAAGGGCAGUUGGCUGUGUCUACUCUGCUGCAUCAAUGGGCUUCAUUCUUGCGAGUUGAACAAAACAAGACCACUCAUUCUCUCUCUCGAAGCUGCGUGCGUCAAAAUGAUGAGCCACACGUACGUGGAACAACCUUAAACUUCACAUGUUCUGCUUUCAAGGAAUUCGAGACUCCUACUAUGGAGGCGGUGGUAAAAUUGUGUGAUCAAAGCAGAAAGCGACCCAACCCAAAACAUCAGCAAGGACCUCCUAGGGGAGUCAACAAGUGAGAGAGAGAGAGAGUUGACCGGGUGUCUUGUGGGUGAGCUACCAGCCCACCUCUCACACUCUCAAUAGCGUUGAAUAGUUUAACAAAAUCAUGCACCUUCGAUGCCAUUUUUAUUAUUUCCAAUUUAAUUCAACCCCAUGCAAUAUUUCAUAUGCAAACCAAACUUUUGUUUCUGUAUAUAAGAAUGGGCCCGCUUACCAUUUCUUUUCUCACUUCCACUUGUUUUCUUUUCUUUAUAAUUUUGCUUCCCCAAAACUUGAGGCACUAGUCAGUUUUCUUAUCAUUCAUUAGUAGACAGCAUUAUAGCAGCCAAGGUAUUAGCAUUUCUUAAGGAGGAUCGUGCGAGAGAAGAAGAGUAAACAAAAGACAAACACACACAGAUGGGCAGGAUUCCGUGUUGUGAGAAGGACAACGUGAAAAGGGGGCAAUGGACACCUGAAGAAGAUAACAAACUCUCUUCUUACAUCGCCCAGCACGGCACCCGUAACUGGCGGCUCAUCCCCAAGAAUGCUGGUCUCCAGAGAUGUGGGAAGAGUUGCAGGUUGCGGUGGACUAAUUAUCUCCGGCCUGAUCUGAAGCACGGCCAGUUUUCAGAUGCAGAAGAACAUACCAUCGUCAAGCUUCACUCUGUUGUUGGCAACCGAUGGUCAUUGAUUGCUGCUCAGCUUCCAGGCCGCACAGACAAUGAUGUUAAAAAUCACUGGAACACCAAGCUGAAAAGGAAGCUUUCUGGCAUGGGAAUAGACCCAGUUACCCACAAGCCCUUCUCCCACCUCAUGGCAGAGAUUGCCACUACACUAGCAACACCGCAGGUGGCUAACCUUGCAGAAGCAGCCCUUGGCUGCUUCAAGGAUGAAAUGCUCCACCUGCUCACUAAAAAGCGGAUUGACUUCCAGCUGCUACAAUGCAACACAAAUGGAGUACAAGGGAACGCCUCAUCCCCUUAUAUUGCCACUAAACAUGAUGAAAAUAAUGAUACUAUUGAGAGAAUCACGCUUGGUUUCUCGAGGGCUAUGCAAGAACCUGGAAUUCUGCCCCCAAACAAGACCUGGGAUUCCACUGGUGCUACCUCUGCCAAUUUUGCAGGCACUUGCGCCUACCUCCCUUCAUCAGUUAAUGCAUUUUUAUGUGGUCCAUCUUCUUUUGGCAACGAAGUAGCUUUAUCGCCAUGGAGUCAGAGUAUGUGCACUGGAAGCACGUGCACAGCAGGUGACCAACAAGGUAGAUUGCAUGAAAAGCUCGAUCAUGAGAAUGGAGAAGAAUCCCAGGGCGGGAAAGAGAUUAGAAAUGGUUCAUCCUUCUUCAAUACAGACUGCGUUCUAUGGGAUUUACCAUCUGAUGAUCUAAUGAACUCAAUAGUUUAAGGAUAUUUACAUCACAAAAUA